GCUUCCAUGGAACGUGGGAAGUAGUGCUUCUCUUCACGAAGAGAUCCCUUGCAAAGCAAAGUAGGAAACAAAACCAUCGUCGCCGCCUCUCCCGUUACCAUCAGUUGAGUCAACCACGGCCGAUCGUUCAUGGGCGAGCAAACACAGACACAGAUCCAGACCCAGACCCAGACCCAGACCCACGCCCACACUCAUUCGCAAACUCAGUUCCAAACUCAACCGCAGCCACUACUGGUACAGGCACGGACACAGCCUCAACAUGACACAACCGCCGCUCCCCAAACGCAAUCCUCCGCGGAAUUAGCGAAUGUUCCGCCACAGACCGCUCCUCCUCCUUCCAAAAUCUCCCUACGUCCUCGAAAAAUUAGAAAACUCUCUCCGGAAACCGCCGCGGAGCCAAAUUCCUCGGAUAAUUCCACCGCUGGCACAACCCCUAGUAAGCCGACAUCGAGGGCCACCAAAGCCAAAACGAACACGCCGCGAGCUAUAGUUUUCCCAAGAUAUGCUGCUAGAUCGUUGUCUUGCGAGGGCGAAUUAGAAAUCGCAAUCCGUCAUCUGAGAGACGCCGAUCCAUUGCUUGCUUCUCUCAUUGACAUACAUCCGCCUCCGACCCUUGACACCUUCAAUUCUCCUUUUCUUGCCUUAACUCGAAGUAUUCUAUAUCAGCAACUCGCGUUCAAGGCUGGGACUUCGAUCUACACCCGCUUCAUUGCUCUAUGUGGUAGCGAGGCCGGGGUAUUACCUGAUACUGUUCUCGCUUUGACACCACUGCAGCUCCGUCAAAUUGGAGUCUCAGGGCGGAAAGCUAGUUAUCUUCACGAUCUUGCUAAGAAGUACAAGAACGGGAUAUUGUCAGACUCGGCGAUUUUGAAUAUGGAUGACAAGUCGCUCUUUACAAUGCUUACAAUGGUGAAUGGAAUUGGUUCUUGGUCCGUUCAUAUGUUUAUGAUUUUCUCCCUGCAUAGACCGGAUGUGCUUCCAAUCAAUGACCUCGGAGUGCGUAAAGGAGUGCAGUUGCUGUACAAUUUGGAGGAGUUGCCGCGGCCGUCGCAGAUGGACCAGUUGUGCGAGAAAUGGAGGCCAUACCGGUCAGUGGCAUCGUGGUACCUUCGGAGGUUUGUAGAAACAAAGGGUACUCCUUCAAGCGCUGCUGCUGUGGCAGCAGGUGCUGGUAUGCAACUGCAACAGCAGGAUUUGCAGCACCACCAGCAGCAACCGCAGCUUAUUGAUCCAAUUAAUAGCAUUCUCAACCUUGGUUACUGUGCAUCCGUGGAGCUGCUUGAGUGCCUUGACCCCUGAAGAUUCUGGCCUGCAAUUGGGGACCUCAAUGAUGGGUUCUGAGAUGGGUCUGGCAAUCGCAUCAAUUCCGCAUUCUGUGCAAUAAGUGAGAGUGAUCACAACGCAAAGCUGUAGAGUUACUUAUGCAAAAUUUUAGUAGCUGAAAGCUUGGGUAUUUGGCGCCUUACAAGAUGAGUGUUUCGCCUCUUAUCUAGUCAAAUGUAGUGGACAAGACUCUGCUGAAGUUCUGCUUUUCAUUUUUAAAGAUUAUAAUCUUAGCUUGUUAAUAGCCUCUUGUAGGAAAUUAUAGAAUGCAAAGCUACAAUGCUCUCACCUUUGUCUGUUGUGGUGCUGAUUUUGAGUUCUUGAGAUGGGUUUAUAUUCUCGCUGCUGUAAUAUCCAAAUGGAAAUCAAAUAUAUGCAAAGAAAUUGAAACCUAAGAUUAAUUUAUUGAUCUGUUGUUUCUGCGGUUUUGAAAAA